AUGAUAAAAAAUAAAUAGUUAAUAACAUAUUUUAAUAAAUCGAGUAUUCAAAAAAGAGCUAAAUCCUCAUUGAAUUAUGUUGUUUCUGUGAAGUAGCAUAAUGUUGAAUAAUCACAUAACAAUUCAAUAGAUAGUCUGAACACUCGCGUUAUGGAGGUCUUUGAAUAAUAAUAGAAGGAUGAUUAAGUUCAGAUAUAAAGAUUAUUGAUAAAGAAGCAACUAUUAGAGAUUAGAAUACGACAUGAAAAUGAGAAAUACGAAGAAACACUUAAAAAUUAUGAGCAAUUAUUAUAACGAUUAGAAUCAAUGGAACAUAGCCAAAAAGAGUACAUAUCAUAAAUGAACUAAUUGACUGAUUGUUUAAGAGAGAUUGUAUAAUAAAACAACGAGAUGGAGAGUGCCUAUGAUGACAAAUGUAAAGAAUAUGAUAGUUUGAUAUAAAUAAUUAAUAAAUGA